GUCACAUCGCAUGGCGUAGCCAAGGGAGGAUGACCAGGCCCGCCUGGCAAGGUUCGCAAUGGGCGUCUGUAAGAGAGAGGGAGCGGGGGUUUCGCCCCUAGUGCGCCUCUACACAAUGAGCAUAUAAUAAUGAGCGUAGCCCGGAAUUUUACGUGCUCGGAAUGUUGAAUCGCAAGCUUCUCACACUCGUCUCAUAUAUGCCAGUCGAGAGAAAUCAUGAUUUCCUACCAUCUCAACUCCGAUAUGGCACCCCUUUACCUGGGCAGCACAUCGAGCAUGCUGCUGCUAGGAAUCUCGCUUGUGGCCGUGUACAUCGCGGGCGUCAGUUUCUACAGGAUCUUCCUGCACCCCCUUCGCGCGUACCCCGGGCCUGUCUUGUGGCGUAUUACCAGUAUCCCGCGAUCAUAUUACCUUAUGACCGGGGAACUCGCCUUCAUAGUAGCCGAGUUUCACGCCAAGUAUGGGACUGCCGUUCGGAUAGCGCCAGACGAGCUUAUAUACAACGACCCGCAAGCAUGGAAGGACAUCUACAGUCACCGCACCGCCGGUGCCGCCGAGUUUUCUAAACAUGAGAGAGGGUACAAUCUGUCGUCCCACAUACCUACCUCCAUCAUCAACAGCGACCGGGAGGAGCACUCGCUGCUGCGGAGGCAGCUGUCGCACGGGUUCUCGGAUAAGUCGAUGCGAGAACAGGAGCCGAUUAUCGGGGCCUACGUAGACCUGCUAAUCCAGCGAUUGUACGAGAACUCGAAAGGCGGUACGGCACCACUCAACAUGCGGGAGUGGUACAACUGGACGACGUUCGACGUUAUCGGAGACCUCGGUUUCGGCUCGUCGUUCGACCUGCUUCGCGAAUCGGCCUACCACCCCUGGAUCCUGCUCAUCACCAGCACGAUCCGCGAGAACGCCAUCUUCCAGGCGCUCAAUCACCUCGGCUUGCAGCCCAUCCUCGGCCUGCUGCACAGCUGGGGCCUCAUGCCUAAGAACGACGAGCACAUGGCGCUCGUCCGCGCGAAGCUCAAGCAGCGCAUGGAGCUUGGCGUCGAGAGGCCCGAUAUCAUCGAGGGCCUGAUUCGGAAGCAGAACGACUUACACAUCGGAUUCGAAAAGUUGAGCGUCAACGCGAGCUUGAUCCUUCUCGCCGGCUCGGAAACCACUGCGACGCUGCUUUGCGGCGCUACGUUCCUGUUGCUUACUAACCCGGACAAGCUGGCGAAGCUGACCGAGGAGGUCCGCUCAGCUUUUAACAGCGACGACGAAAUCACUCUAACCUCGGUUGGCAAGUUGACAUAUAUGCUUGCAGUCCUCAACGAGUCGCUUCGGCGAUACCCUCCAGCGGCCGCCGAACUACCGCGGAAGGCCCCCAAAGGCGGCGCCACCGUUAUCGGCAAGUUCGUACCGGAGGACACGGCGGUGGCGGUGUGGCAGUGGCCCAUUAACCACAACCCGAACUGGUGGAAAGACCCAAUGACGUUCGCUCCGGAGCGCUGGCUCGACGACCCGCGGUACAAAGGCGACCGCCUCGACGCGAUGCAACCGUUCAGCGUCGGGCCGCGGAACUGCAUCGGGAGGAACCUCGCGUACGCGGAGAUGCGCCUCAUCCUAGCGCGCAUCGUCUUCAACUUCGACAUGAGACUCGCCGACGACAGCCGCCGCUGGUUCGACGGCCAGCGGGUGUACAUCGUGUGGGAGAAGCCGAUGCUAAACGUCUACAUGACGCCGGCGGCUGGGAGGGAGAAGGCGAAGGCGGGCUAGCGGCGGCUCGGCGGCAGGCGACGGUCGCGCAUUGCGGCGGGUCACCCCCCCAGUUAGGCUGGGAACGCGGCACGAGUAGGAGAGGGCGGGGACGGCUUGGGGUGGCUGGGGAAUGGUCGAGGGACCAGACCCGGAAUUGCUGGCUCUUCUCGCUCUCUUUCUUCCCGCCCUCUCGACUGUCCUCUUUAUUUUUUCUUCUUUUCGUUAGGUAGCCCUCGCCUCUAGCGUGCCUGUCCUUUCAGCAGAUUGCAGGACGUACGGGCACUGGGAU